AUGCAUGGUGGCGCGACUCGCACGGGGCGGCUGUUCUGGGCGGCCAACGUGCUGCUGCAGAGCCGCUCGGAGGCGCCUUAUGGCUAUGUCGCCAAGGUCUCCGACUUUGGCCUCAGCCGAGUGCUCAACGCCGGCGCGACGCACCGGUCGACGCGCACGUUUGGCACCAUCACCCACAUGGGGCCGGAGGUGCUGCGAUUGGGGAAGAUCAGCCCCGCCGCCGACGUGUACGCCUUUGGCAUCCUGAUGUGGGAGCUCUUCACAGGCAGCCUGGCUUUUGGCAGCAUGCACUAUGGAGAGGUGUUUGAGCGGGUCGUGCUGCACGACGCCCGCCCUCCCCUGCCCCCGGGCAUGCCCGAGCCCUUUGAGCUGCUGAUGACAAGCUGCUGGCACUCGGACCCGCUGCGGCGCCCCGCGUUCGAUUCCGUCCUCAGGUGCUUGCAGCUGAUGCUUCAAGAGGAGCAGGUUCAGGACGCCCAUGCCGCCGCCGCACCCUCCGCGCCGCCGUCCGCGGGCGCCGCGGAGCACUCUGGCGGCCCGGGCGCCGGCCCGGCCGACGCGGCCGCGCGGCGCGGGGCCGGCGGGGAGCCCGCGAGCGGCUCGGCCCUCUCGAACAGCGUCUUCAUCAGAGACCUCUGA